CUACCUUACUUGUCUUCUUUGCUUUCUUUUCUUUUGAUCUUCUUCUUUCUUAAUUUUUCGUUCUAUUAAUUUCACUUUCCAUGGCCACUGCUGAGGUUGUAUCUGCGACACCAGCACUUUCAGAGGAGAAAACUGAAGAAUCAGUUAAGGCAGAAGAGACUCCUGUGGAAGAGGUGGCGGCCGCACCACCUACACCAGAGCCUGUUGCUGAGGAGCCAAAGGAAGCAGAAACUGCAGCUGUGCCCGAGGAAUCUGCGGCUCCAGAAGCUGAAGCCCCUGCUGAUCAGGAUGAGACCAAGGAGGUGGUAGAACAAGUUGAGGUUGAGACCAAGGAGGUGGUGGAAAAAACUGAUCAGGCUGUGGUGGAAGAACCAGCGGUAGAGAAGACAGAAGAGGUCCCAGAGGAGACUCCUGAUCAGGAAACAAACAGCCCAGUUGUGGAGGAAACCAAAGAAGCUACAGAACCAGCUGAGGAACCAGCACCAAAACCAGAACCAGCACCUGCAGAUGAAGCUCCAAAAGAAGAAGGUCCUGCUGCAGAAGAAGAAGAGAAACCAGCUGAAGCUAAAGUGAAAGUUGAGACAGAUGAGAAGGCUGAGUGAUGAGUCUAUGAGUGUAUGGCCGAGUGAAAUUAAAAGUUUGUGUGAUGAGGGGUCUGCUAGGUUGCAUGUCUAGUUAAAGGAGUAUUAAUUUUCUUAGUAUAAUGAGGAAGGUUGAGGUGGAUGGAGCUUGAAAUCAAGGUAUGGGGAUGACCCACAUUGAUCUCUCCAAUGCAAAGUUGGCCCACCUAGUGGGCCAGCUGCAUUGGUACAUAUAUGAAUUAAAUUAAGCAUACUCCAAGCUGCCCACAAGCUUCAUUGGAGGGUGCUUGUGGCGUGUCUUUGCCUCUGUGCAUAAGUAUGUCGAGAGACCAGAUGGGUUAUGUAAUUGUGUGUGAUCAAAUCAUAAUAUAUAUAAUGGCAUCUUUUGGCUUUUGUUUUCU